CUGAGCGCAGGGACGCGGCUCACUACUAUGGAAUACAGGAUAGUGGGGUUCUUGUAUUUACUUUUCACCUUGGUGGAUUGUCAAGAGACGGUGGACUAUGGACUACUGGAGCCUAAUACUCUGGUACUGUCUCCGGAAGAUCAGAGUGCUGCCUUGUAUGACGGCAAUGGGGAAGAAGAUGCAAGUCUAACCGUGACCGUGCAAGGAGCAGGUUCCGAGACAGAUCCGGAGCAAUUCAGCGUGAGUGAAGCCGUCCCGGGAAAUGAAAUCGACAUCUACGUUACGCAGUCACCGCAGCCAGAUUUUGACCUUGCAGAUCUCGUCAACAGUCUGAUUCCGAUCUUGUAUGAAGCCAUCGUCGGGCCGCCACAGGAUUUUGGCUACAAUUGCGACGUGGCGAAAUUUGGUUCCACAGUCACCACUCCUCCGGCAGUACAGGGAUUUGGCGCCAUGUCCCAACCUUUAAAGCUCGAUAGUUACCAACUUAUGGACGAGUUGGAACAGUAUCAGAAGCUUGAAGACUUCUACAUGGCCCCACAGUUUUCUAACUUGGCAACUUACACUGAUCCACUCUCAAGUGUUCCACACUCUCAGGGUCUUGGCAUCACGACUGACCCUUACAUCCUCCACAGUGCUGAGCUUCUGGAUCAGGUGGAAGACUACCAGCGGCCCACAGGCUCAUUCGACAUCGCCACCCUGCUAAACAGCUUGUUGACGGGCACUAGCGGAGUGGCCAUUGCUCCUGCUAUACCCACUGCAUACAGUGCGCCACCGACCUAUGCAUGGCAACAGACAUACGGAGCUCCAUCUUUAUUAUUAGGCAAACUCUCGGGUUAUCCUCAAGUACGUGGCACUGGCGAGCUCGCCAAUCCUCCAAGGCCAUCGACAACAUCUGGUGGGCUCCAGACCUAUCCUGGCCAACAGCUGUAUAGAGCUCCAUUUCCACCACUUAUUACGACGAUGAGGUCUCCUCUAGUGGACCGCUUUUCUGCAGGAUUCCACAGUGCCGUUUCUACCACCGGGUGCCAGCGGCGUCAAUAAUAUGCCGAUUCCAGACCCAGGUAUGUCAGGUAAGACAGUGCCCGCACCCUUCCCGAUUGCGAGUAUACCAGUGGAUGGUUGCCUCUGCUUCCCACAGGGUGCUGGAGGCGGCGGCUUCUGCGCAACAGACGCUAUGGCCGCGACGCCGACCGCAGAAGAGGGAACAGCAUCGCCUGGUGCAACCGCUGAUAUGCUAAACCAACUCCUAUUGGGACAAGGAGCCAGUGGCACUCGAGGAGGGAUGAGGAAACCGUGUCUCUAUCGCUGAGCAGCUUGUGGCUACAGUUGAAUGACUUGCAAUAAAUUAAAUUUUUAUAUUUCAUGA